AUGUAUGUUAAGUGCUGUAAUUGCAUAGAUACGCGUAAAGUGUUUGACAAAAUGACAGAACCAGACGUCUCUUCACCAGGCACUGGCUCUGUUUCAGCAAAUGCAACAAACAGGUAUAAUGGAAAGGGAAUUUUGUCUGAUGUCGUAAUUGUGAAUACUCUGAUAGAUAUGUAUGUAAAAGGUGGAAGCGUACACAAGGCACGCGAACUGGUGUGUACAAAUGGUGUUGUUGACCUGGCUUUGAGUUUUUUCAAAGAAUUACCUCAAGGAGAUGUCAUCUCAUUGAAUGCCAUGGUUGCGGGUUACGCGCGAGAUGGAUUUGUUGAAAAGGCCUUGGAGAGGUUUAAUCAAACUCGACUGGUAGGUUUAAAGCCAAAUUCCUCAAUCGUUGCCAUCAUCCUCCCAGCCUGUACCAAAAUCGGAGUUUGGAACAGGGUAUGGACAUUCAUCAAAGCAUAA